AAUGAGUUGAGUAAAGGUUAAUAAUUCAUCAUAUCUUUUAGGAAUUUCGAUAUUUCAUAAAGCAGGUAUUAUGCAUAGAAAUAUCUCACCACAAUCAAUUUAUAUUGAUAAUGAAAACUUAGUUUAUGCACACUUUUACAUCGGAGAUUAAGGGAAGGCUAAAGAGGAAAGUUUGACUAAUUUAGGUACUCAAUAAAGUAGCUCAUACCAAUUUCAUGCUCCAGAGGGAAUGUAAGACAUCACGAUGAAAUCUGAUAUAUAUUAAUUUGGAUUAGUCGCUUUAUUAUUAUUAAAUAAAGGAACCCCUUUAUUUUCUUUUUGCUUUUUAGAUGCAGAGGAAAUUGAAAAGAAAUUUAAUCCUGAUUACAUUAACAAUAUAUUGAUUAAAAAUAAACUUGAAUAUGACAAGAAACUUAUAGAAAUUAUUGUAUAAUGUUUGAAAUAAAAUCCGAAAGAUAGACCUGAGACUGUCGAAAUUGAGAAGAAGGUAUCCUCAAUAUAUAGAAAUUAAAGGAUCAGAAUUGUGUAUAUAUUAUUAAUAUUUCAGCGAGAUGAACGUCUAGAAAUGAC